AGUGACUGUUAUGGACAGCCGCACCAAAUCCAUGAGACAAUUGUAUUGUCUUAGAGUUAAUCAGAUUGACUCCAAAUCAUUGGACACUGAAUUGAAUGCGAUUUUUGAGGCGAAGGUCAACGACCUGGAGAUGCAAAGAUUGCUCGAAUUGAGUCCAGAAUUAUUAGCCCUCAUAAAGACAUACAUUUGGGUGAAUACGGUUUGGGGGAAUGGCAUCUCAAUUGGACAGUCAUUACUUGGCCUCAAAUACUACGACAUGAGUGACACAAACACUAUUAGACAACACUUGAAUGCAUUGCAAAAUGUUGGCCUCGUUUUGGUGGAAAUAGUGGUUCCAUGGCUUAGACAACGAGUGAUCACUGAUAGCAUUAGCCAUACGGUUGACAAAGUGGAUCAGUUGUACAAAUGUGUCCAUUUUAUGAAUGGAUUGGUUUUCUUAUAUUACGGCAAAUAUCGGACUCUUUGGGAACGAGUGCUUCGAUUGGGAACCGGUCUUCAGUCGUCACAACAAAACUGGUCCAAUAAUGAGCUC